AUGGCCAAGUCGAGCCCGGCGCCAUGGCGCAAGUUCAUGGUCGUCCUCAUCCUGUUCAUCAUCAACCUCCUCAACUACGCCGACCGGUUCACCAUCGCUGGCGUGCUGACGGACAUCCAGCACUUCUACAGCAUCGACAACGACAUGGCCGGGCUGCUGCAGACGGUGUUCAUCAUCUUCUUCAUGCUGUUCAGCCCGGCGUGCGGCUAUUUGGGGGAUCGCUACAACCGCAAGUGGAUCAUGGUGGCCGGGAUUCUGGUGUGGGUGAUGGCCGUCUUCGCGUCGACGUUCGUCCCGGCUGAUAAAUUUUGGCUGUUCCUGCUGAUGCGAGGGAUCGUCGGGGUGGGCGAAGCCUCGUACGCCGUCGUCUCCCCAUCCCUCAUCGGCGAUCUCUACAGCGGCAAGACGCGCUCCCGGAUGCUGAUGCUCUUCUACUUUGCCAUCCCCGUCGGAAGCGGUAUCGGCUACGUGAUCGGGGCCCAGUUGAGCGCGGCGUUCGGCAGCUGGGAAUGGGGCAUGCGGUUGACGCCCUUUUUCGGUGCCAUCUGCGUGAUUCUGAUCGUGCUGUUCGUCUUCGAGCCGGAGCGCGGGUUGGCCGAUGAGGGGGCAAAACCCGAGAAAACGCUGGCCGAGCACACGCUGUCCGUUGUCGAGCCGCCGGAGGAGGGCGGCAAUCUGCUCGGCUACCUGAACGACCUGAAGACGCUCGUCAAAAACCCCACCUACCUGUUCUCGACGUUCGGCUACACGGCGCUGGUGUUUGUCACCGGCACGCUGUCGUGGUGGGUGCCGACGGCGAUGAACCACGCGAAGGCCCACGAGCUCGGGCUGAACUCGACCGACUCGCUGGCCGACACCUACAAAAAAGACAUCGCGCUCAAGUUCGGCGCGGUCACCAUCGCCGGCGGAAUCGUCGGUGUUUGUGCAGGGUCGCUGCUCUCGGAGCUGCUCCGAACGGGCCGCCUGUGUUUCCGCUUCUGCCGUACAGCCCGUGCCGAUCCGAUCAUUUGUGCUGUUGGCGCUCUGAUCGGGACACCCACUCUCUACAUUGCCAUGCACUUGAUUGGACACUCCGAAUCCGGAAGCUAUCACGUAAAUGCACACAUCAAAUCG